CCGUCAAAGAGCUUUCUCUUGAAAGUUGACACCAAGACUUGAAGUUCACCAUGAUAGCACAUGUCGGCUAAAAUGGAGUUUGUCUCUGUUUUACCUACUAAUGUGGCGCUGAUGAAUGAGACGGCAGCGGUGGAGUACGAUGACGGAGAGGACCCUGAUGCGGUGACGCUGCUCUCCAUACUUCUCGUUGGAAUAUUCCUCUCCCUACUGAUAUUCCUGAGUGUGGCCGGCAACAUUCUAGUCUGCAUAGCAAUCUACACGGAUCGCGGAUUGCGAAGGAUCGGCAACCUAUUCCUCGCAUCGUUAGCCAUCGCUGACAUGCUGGUUGCUGCUGCCGUCAUGACCUUUGCUGGAGUCAACGAUUUGUUAGGGUAUUGGGUGUUCGGCGAGCAGUUCUGCGACACGUGGGUAGCAUGCGACGUGAUGUGCUCCACCGCCUCUAUCCUCAAUCUGUGCGUUAUUUCGCUCGAUAGAUACAUCCAUAUUAAGGAUCCUUUGAGGUAUGGCCGCUGGGUAACAAGACGCGUGGCAAUCUUUACUAUUGCAUUGAUCUGGCUUCUAGCCGCACUCAUCAGCUUCUUGCCCAUAUCCCUCGGUCUUCACCGUCCUCAUGAGGAGACUGCAGCUACACAGAAACCACCACGCCACUUUACGUGUGCAUUGGAGCUGACCCCAACAUAUGCUGUCGUGUCGAGCUGUAUAUCUUUUUACUUGCCUUGCAUUGUCAUGAUCAGCAUUUAUUGCAGGCUCUACUGCUAUGCCCAGAAACACGUCAAGUCCAUCCGAGCGGUAACCCGUACGGUCCAAAUGCCAGAUAACCGGACGAAAUCCGUCCGAACAAAGGUGCACACACACGUGCAAUCAUCGCCGUACCACGUAUCCGAUCAUAAGGCUGCCAUCACAGUGGGCAUCAUCAUGGGUGUUUUUCUCGUGUGCUGGGUGCCGUUCUUCUGUAUUAACAUCGUUGCUGCUUUCUGCAAGACUUGUAUACCUGAUCUAGCCUUCAAAAUUCUCACUUGGCUCGGCUAUUCCAACUCAGCAUUUAACCCGAUCAUUUAUUCAAUCUUCAACACGGAAUUCAGAGAAGCUUUCAAGAAAAUUCUGACCUCAAAAUACCCUCUCUGCUGUGGCUAUCAGAGCGUCAGGGCACAUACCCCAACACGGAAUGACAACUUUGUCACUGAUUAUGGAACGAAGACUUUAGUUGUCCGAAGAAGUGGCUCCCUCGGUCUUUCUGGAGUUGACCCCACGCCAAGGUCAUCAGCUGAAUCUGUUAAACCUUUAAGGGAAUAUCAUAUAUGACAGCAGGAGGAAGGGUGCAAUAAUGAGUUAUUGGAUAAAAGUGAUGUCGUGUAAGUAGGUUGAAAAGCGAUUUGUUGCAGACGAAAUUGUCUUAUAGGCAAGUGCCUGUAAGCAUAAAAUUAUGUAGAGUUAAUAUUUAUAAAACGUCUUAGUAAUAUGUAAGUUGUACAAGUCUCUGGUAGACGUAUUAAUAUAAAGUUUCGCGUAAAGUUUUCAUAAAGGUCAAC